UGAGGGCCCAGUCUGACAUAUGCAAGGACACAGACGUCGUAGCUGAAAUAUUCCUGCAGGAAAACAGAACAGACACCUUCAAACUGGAUGAUUUGUUCUUCCACAAUAGGCUGAAGAACAUGUGAGUUGGAGGGAUGGAUGAUUUGGAUCACAGCAUUCACAUUGCAGAAAAUGACUGGAGCUGCUUCUAUGAUGAGAGUGAGGAGGAGUGUAACUUCCCGCAGGCUUCACUUGCCUAUCCCGAUGAGUCCGGCCUCAGUGAUUUAGAGGAUUCAGGAAACUCGAGGUCAGGCUUCGGCACACACCAGCAGCAGACGCAGAGGGGCCCUGAUGUAAAACCAGAGUGGGCUGAAAGCAGGGCUGCAAGAGAGAGCUGCACAGGAUCAGCAACACUACCAGAGCAGCUCUCCCAGAGUGGUACAGGAGGACCAGCACAAGAUGCUGCAACAUUAACAAAACAGGUGGAAAAGUGUGUCAGCUGUCCUGGAGGAAAUGUUGCCAACACAGCAGUGGUGCACUUGGAGACUGCACGAGAAAGCGCAAAUGAAAAGAGUGACAGCCGAGCAAAUACUCUGCAAGCUGACCUGAUAAAUGUUCACGGUUCAGGAGAGACAAAAGAUGAAGAUGCGCAAACUGGAAGUGACCUCAAACCUAAAUCUGACCCACAUUCUUGUGAGCCAGCAUGGCUGGAGCUGAACGAGCCGGGCGCUGCAGACGGAGACGCGCGUAAUAUCCGACCAGAGAAGGAGCGCUGGUUCGUGACGGUGAACGACAGUCCUGGAGGACAGCCACGGCGAUCUCCUGCUUUGAAAAAAAAACCCAAACCAAAAAAAGCUUGUGAGGAAAGUGAUGCGUACAGCCGAGCAGGGGAGAGCCCAUCUGAUUGCAUUAUUGAGUUGAAUAAAAAUAAUCAUGAGGACAAACUAAUUUUCCAUUUGCCACACGUAUCUGGUAAUUUUGCCAAAGAUAUGCAGAAAGAAAACCCAGCGGAACCAGUGAUGGAUAGAGGCAGGAGUGAGUCCAGCAGCUCAGCAUCCACAUCAGAAGAUGCAUGCACUCCUUCACGGCUGGAGCAGAGCGACGACUCUGACGACAGCGCCGAGUUUCUCUCCUUCCACAGCUCGGAUUCAGAGAGCUGUUUCUCUGCUGCCAAAUCAGCAGAGGAACCUUUGGGUGCUCUCCGAGGCCAAAUCAUGGAAACCCAACACCGUCAGAGCUCGGUGUCUCUGUUAUGUGACAGCCAUGAGUUCAGGGCUGAGAGCACUGACCAGGCAAGUGAAACUUAUGAAAACGCCCUCGAUCGUCCAGCUCCAAGCCCAGAAGCCACACAAGUGCCAGAUGACAGCUGCACGUCCAAGACAGAGCCAGAAACACCCGGACCCCCAAUGGAUCUCUCAGCAUCUGCUUGCUCUGCGGGUGAUCAGCUGUGUCCCCUUCCUGCCCCCGAUUUGCUACUAACCCCUAGCUCUGAGGUUGACAGCCCAGAAACAUAUGCAAAAGCCACGGGUCACCCUCACUCCGUGUAUGCCAUUUCUCGUUUUUGGGAUGAAAUGGAAAAGCUGACAAUAAAUGACAUUUUGCAGCUUAGGAUGGGUGCAAACUCCCCACCCAAACAAACAGUAGAAACCGAGACACCAAGUGGAGAGGACAUAUUAGACACAUCCGACAACACAGACUCGGACUACUUCACACAGCCCGAUGAAUCAAAACCAGAGCGGUCAAGCUGUGAACUUUACACCUCAGAUUUUGAGGAAGAUUACUGCCAAUUUGUUGGCACCCAAAGGAACCCCGGCCCUGACCCUAGGAACAAAAGCCAGCAAAGUGACUCCUCUUUCUCAUUGCAUGAGGAUGACUGCAUGAGCUCUGAAGGCAGAGAGACGCCUGUGCCUCUAGUGGACUUUGCAGGACUAUGUUUUGACAGUCAGGAGAUCCAGACUUUGCAGACCAUGGCCUUGUUGCCGAUGCAGAUGACAGAAAGCAGAUAUAUGGACAGUGCAGAAGCUCUCAGCACAGAGGACUUCUCUUUGUUUUCUUUGCUUGCUAGUGAGGAGAGCAGUCCGUCUCUGGACGAAGACACUGAUUUGAAUGCCAGUAGGUUGGACGCUCUCGUUCCUGCCUCUGUUCUGUCUUGCUCACACUUAGAUGCACAUUACAGUUUAGCCUUUCCAGAGAUUUUUCAGUGCUGUUUUGUAGAAGAUGGAUCAAACAGAGAGUUGCAGUGUGUCACCGUCUACCAUCCAGAGUACAUCUCAGCGGCUUCUCCCUUUGACUACACUCUCUGUACAAUUGGGGAGCACACCUCUGCAUCUUCUCUCCACUGCAGCGUGGAGAAACCUAUCCCUAUUUUCUCUUGCUGUCCUCCUACCGUCAGAGAGCUCACAUUCCCGAAACAGCAGUACGCUUUCUUGAGCGCAAACUGCGAGGAAGUGGAUGCUCUGUCUCCGUUCAGAGUUGUGUCUCAUUCUUUCAUCCACUCCCGACCACACGGAUCCUCGGCAGCUGCAGGUGGAUCUAGCAGCUGGAAAGGUUUGCUGUCGUGGAGGAAGAUACGCUUCCAUGACAAGGGCAGCAUCUGGCGCAGAGGGUCUGGUGCCUGGAUGUUCCCGACUGAGUCUGAGGAGACACAUGCCGGGAAAGAGGAAGAGAAAGCAGUAGCAACCGUUUUUAGUGGGGGAAGCAUCUGCCCAGCUUCCUCUCAUGUGUUUGGAGAGCUGGAGGAGCAGCAGAGGAUUUUCAAACGAGAGGGCCUCUUCUCCAGAGUGAAGCAGUCAGACAUGUGCUUAGUUUGCAUUGCUUUUGCCUCUUGGGUUCUGAAAUCCUCUGAUCCGAAGGCUGCUGAUGCCUGGAAAGCAGCUUUGCUGGCGAACGUCAGCGCUUUGUCGGCUAUCCAGUACCUGCGGCUGUACACGAAGAGGAAGAAUCCUCCUUGAGAUGACCUCUGGAAGGCACAUGCUGAACUCUCACUUGGGUCCAUCCAUUGAUAAUAAUCAUAUCCUUUCAGCCUGAAAUUCACACGUGUUUGUUUAGUGACAUUUAUGUUUCAUUCCUCUGUGCUAGAGCUUCACUAUUGUCCAGUAAUGAUUGAUAACAAAAAUAAAGAUGUAAUAUUGUUACAAGGAGUUGUGUGUUCCUUGAUUAUGUUUACUUAUGUCUAUGUAAUAAUUGCUCGGGGGUCUCAUUCUGGGUCUCUGGAAAGCGCCUAGAGACAACUUCUGUUGUAAUAGAGGCUAUAUAAAUAAAAUUGAAUUGAAAAAUGUAAUUAAUUACACUGAGGUCUGGGGGAAGUUGCAUGUAAAUACUCGAUGUACCAUUUCAUUGCUAUUUGCUAAAAACUAAACUCCUUAGUGCACAGUUUGAUAAAUGUUUCCCAGGAAAUCUCUUCGUCGUCUCAGCUACUGAAGACUGACAAGAGCGGCUGGAGAGGUCUGGUUUAGGA